CGCACUGGGCAGCAUCUAGAGAUGGGGGUGUCCCCAAGUCUGGUGGUGGAAUUUUGACUGUAGGUGCAUUUUCGACCUUUCUUUACUAAAGGGAUAAAGGAAAAGGAAGGAAAGGAGACCCGAGGAAGCCAAGAGCUGAUUUUGUCAGUGGAGGGCAAGACGAAUCAAAGCGCUAUAAUUAUAAGUGGCUUGAGAUCCUUUUACAGCCUGUCCAAUGACUCCGAUAAACCAGGCUCUGAAAGUAGGAUUUGACUUGAGAUUCUCUAACCUGGGAUGGGAUAGAGAAAGUAUUGGGGUUAGUACUCUCUGACUAUCUACCCCUACGCUUCUUCACCACCACCCCGGACUCCUCCCCACCCCCGGUAGAGGAGAGCAUUUUGGCAGCUUCUGCGCCGGGGGCGGAGGGGAAUCAGCUCUGGCUUGGAAACCGCAAUCUUAGCGGGGAGGCUGUGAAAAUAAUGGAUGUGGGCUUUUCGUCUCCUUGCUCCCAGAACAACUUUAAAGGGCCUUCGUGCCUCCAUCAUCUAGGAACCUCUGGUCACCAAUCAGUUGGUACGAUAGAGCAGAGCCCAGCUGCGGUAGCGUGUUAGAGCAGACGUUUCUCCUCGCUCCUUGAUAACCGGGAACCUCCGUACCAUGUCAUACCCUCAGUUUGGAUACCCUUACUCUUCUGCACCACAGUUCCUCAUGACCACUAAUUCCCUGACUACUUGCUGUGAGUCCAGUGGCCGGACGUUAGCAGACUCCGGGGCAGCUGGCUCAGCUCAGACCCCAGUCUAUUGUCCUGUGUACGAGAGCAGGCUGCUGGCCACAGCUAGGCAUGAGCUCAAUUCCGCAGCUGCCUUGGGAGUCUAUGGGAACCCUUACACCGGCACCCAGGGCUAUGGAAACUACGUUACCUACGGCACUGAAGCCUCUGCCUUCUAUUCUUUGAAUAGUUUCGACUCGAAAGAUGGGACGGGAUCUGCGCAUGCGGGCAUCACGCAGGCAGCAGCCGCUUACUACCCUUAUGACCACACGCUCAGCCAGUAUCAAUACGACAGGUACGGCACGAUGGAUGGGGGAACAAGGAGGAAAAAUGCUACCCGGGAAACAACCAGCACCUUGAAGGCCUGGCUGCAGGAGCACCGAAAGAACCCCUACCCGACAAAGGGUGAGAAGAUCAUGCUGGCUAUCAUCACUAAGAUGACCCUCACCCAGGUCUCCACCUGGUUUGCCAAUGCUCGUCGGAGGCUCAAGAAGGAGAACAAGAUGACUUGGCCACCUCGAAACAAAUGCUCAGAUGAGAAGAGACCCUAUGAGGAGGAAGAGGAGGGAGAAGAAGAGUCCCAGGAAGACCAUCUCAAAAAUGAGAAGAAUGAGGAACGUGUCCGCAAGGAGGAGAAGGAACUCGAGCUAAGUGACUUAGAUGAUUUCGACCCGAUAGAGUCUGAGAACUCAGAGUGCGAACUGAAGCCGGCCUUCCAGCACCUGGACAGCGGCCACAUGCGUGCUGCCUCUGGAGGAGCAGACUGUCCAGGAGACCCUUGCAAGGAGUCUGCCACCUCUCUCAAAAUGUCGCUCCCUGGAGGCGUCCAGCUGGAGGAAGAUGUGGAGCGGGCCAAGAACUGCCUCAAGAGUGUGGUAGAUGAAUGUGAUCAAGACCUAGUAGUGGGAGGGCGACAGAGAGGCUGUGAUUCUAAAAUGUGCUUCCAGCAGCCGGUGGAGUCCCAGAUCCUGGAGGCCAAGCCCCGGAUCUGGUCCCUAGCUCACACAGCCACUUCCUUGAACCAAACUGAGUACCCAUCCUGCAUGUUGAAGCGCCAAGGACUCUCUACUUCUUCCUCAUCUGCCUCCUCUUCUUCUUCCACGGCAGUGUCGGUUCCCGGUGGCCUCGAUAGGCACCAAGAUUCCCCAGUCACCAGUCUCAGAAACUGGGUGGAUGGGGUCUUUCACGACCCCAUAUUCAGGCACAGUACUUUGAACCAGGCUUUGAGUAACACUACAGUGUCCUGGGCUACCACCAAAGGAGCAAUACUGGAAACGGGAACCCUGGGUCGCUCUCUGGGGAACAGCACAGACAUGCUGAAGGGACAUCUGGCAAACUUCCCCCCACACCACCACCACCACGACUCCAAUAAGGAGCUCCUCUCCUUUCCCAAAUCUGGCAGCAAAAUGUUCUGUUCUUAACAGCCCCGCCCCCCACUGGGGCCCAGAAUGUUCUUAUCCUUGACAGAAGUGGACACGAAUUGAAAGGAGAGAGUGGGGGAGGGGGGCAAUAGGGAGGGGAAGAUCUUAAGUUUGAAGAAUAAACUUUUUUCUACAAAUAAAUAAAUCAAUAAAAAUAAACCUAAAACAAAUCAAGAAGCAAGCAAACCAACCAUGUCAAUCCAAAAUAGAGGAUUUCAAAGUCUGUUUUGCUUAGGUUUGCCAGAGAGACUAUUUUCAUUCCAUCCUAAGAAGAGUUUCCCUUGUCUACAACUUUGAAAAGAAUCAGUGCCGGGAUCCUUGUUUAACUUCCUGUCUAAAGAAAAAAAAGGGGGAAAGCACGUGCUAUAUUUUAGAAGUAAUUAACAAACAAACAGAAAGUUUACAUCCAAAGGUUUACAUUGAGGCAAUGUUUCAAUAGCAAGUUUUCCAUUUCAGGCAUGCCAAUAUUAGUUUAAAGACUUUUCAGACUUUUCCCUUCUGAUUUCAUUGUUAGUAUAUAAUUCUCACAAACAGCACUUUUCCCAGGUUUACACUAUCGCACAAACUUAACUUUACAAAUAAGAUGUUUUAAAGAGGUAUGUUCACAUCCAUGAAUUGUCUGUUUCAGAGGUUUAAAAUGAUAAUACUAAUAAAACCGAGUGAUGGUGUUUUGCAUU